UCAAAAUGUCACAUACAAAUAUUCGUCCAUGAAAAAUUACAAUAAAAUAACAAAAUAUCCAUAAAAACGGUGCAAGACCAUGGCAAGGACCUUAAUAGAGCACAAAUAAUGCAACGAAAAUCACCGAAAUGUUCCGGUUUUUGAGCAAUUCAGGAUCUAAAGCUAAUAAAAAUACGGACAGAAAAAAAUCCAAUGAAGAUGAUUACUUUAGUUUAGCCCUUAAAUGCAUAGCAAAAAGGUUCACAGUCUGUUUAAAAUCCGUCUGCUGUUUUCCUUUAGAAAAAAUGGUCCCGAUUUCGAAAAGGCGUAAACUCAUUGUUGCACAAUCGUCUCAAAUAUCCGGCUUAAAAGACCCAGAGGCCAAAAUACAAGUCAUUCCACAAUCAACGAUGACCAUAAAUGAAUCAACGAGAUCUAGAAGUGACUUCACAACUCGCAAGUCAAGUAAGAAAUUCAGGUGUAAAAAGUUAAGAUGUAAAAUGUUUGAGAGCAUUAAGAAAAUGAAUGGCGCAUCAGGCUCGACCAUGAUGAAAAGUUCAAUAAGAUGCAACGCUAAUACAAGCAAAAAAAAAAUGUCGAAACCUAGUAUCCGAAGUGAAAAAAAAUGGAGGAAGAUUAUAAGAAAAACGAAUCCGAGCCAGUUGAAAUGGAUUAAGAACGAGACAAAAGCGCGCCAAAAUUUGACAGGUUCGUGCACAGACAAUGAAGAAUCUGCCGGCGACGGUCCAGUAUCGCCGAAUAUUUCGCGCUAUUUCAAAAAGUGUCCGUUACGAUGGAUGGCCGUGAAGCAAAAAAAUUACAGCGAUACUAUUGUAAAUUGUACGAACGAUGAUUCCGUGGAGGCUUGAGAUUGAGACAUACGCGAUCCAUUGAAAUAAUUCUAAUUGGUUUUGUAUCUGUACUAGUUUUCGUUAAAUAAAUCAUUAUUCUCACCCAUACGAUCUGCCUUUCUGGUAAAGUGUUAUUUUUUGUGGUCUCCAGGUGUCAUUAAUGUAGUGUGAGGCCCUCUGCGUCAAAAUGCUCCUUAGAUUCACGCUUGCGAAGAAAGUACUCCGGUGAAAAGCAGGUU